AUGGAUAGAUUUCCUAUUUUGCAAAUAUUGCCAAUUAAAUUAAUAGGCAACAAAUUCCAUUUAACCAGGCAUGGAAAAAAUUCACUUCAUCUAAACCGAGUUAAGGCUGCAGGCAAGACACCUGCAAUAUCUACUUUAUUGCAAGAGCCAUCUCAGCAGAAAAAGGUCAAUGCAAUUAAGGAGGCAGAGUUAAGACUUUGUUGUUAUAUUGCUGAACAAAACUUGCCUAUGCUUUUAAUGGAUACCCUUCCUUUAUUAAAUAAAGAACUGUACCCUGAUUCAAAUAUUGCCAAAAAUAUAAAUAUGAAAAGGUUAAAAGCUACAAAGCUAAUUACUGGCAUAUUGGGACCAGCUUUUAAGACUGAAAUUAUUAAUGAUCUAAAAAAUGUCAAAUUUUCUCUAAUUACUGAUGAGACAACAGAUUUAAGUGUUAAAAAGUCAUUAGUAAUUGUAACCAGAUAUUGGAGGCAGGGACAAACCCAAGACCGGUUUUUGGAUUUGGUUGAGGUCGAAGAAGUGACUAGUGAAGACCUAUUCAACAUAAUAAAAAACAUUUUAGUGGAAAAUGGAAUCCCAUUUGACAAUGUCAUUGGUUUUGCUUCUGACAACGCCAGUACCAUGAUGGGAGUUGUAAAAGGUGUCCAGGCUCGAUUUAAGGAAAUUUUGUCUCACAUUUAUGUGCAAGGUUGCACUUGCCAUUCCCUUCACCUCUGCUCUUCAGCUGCAGCAAAAAAACUGCCAAACAAUGUCGAGCAGUUUACAAGGGAUAUUUAUGCAUACUUUGCCCAUAGCAGCAAGAGGAUUUCUGAGCUAAAGGAAUGUCAGAUUUUUGCUAAUGAAAAGCCACAUAAGAUGUUACAUCCUAGUCAGACAAGGUGGCUAUCUUUAAAGAAUGUUGUGGACAGAAUUUUGGAGCAUUGGAAUUCUUUAAUCUUAUUUUUUCAAAGAGCAGCUUUAGAGGAUAAUCUUCCCAGUGCAAGGUCCAUUUUAAAUGCUUUGCAAAAUAUAGAGUACAAAUUAUAUCUUCUUUUUUUGGAUUAUGUUUUAGAAUUAAUUAACAAGGUAAACAUGGAACUACAGUUGGAAAGUCCAAAGCUUCCAAUUUUAUUAAAUAGAAUUUUAGCAUUGCAUAGAACUCUUAAGCAAAAAACAUUUUUUACAAAAACAUCUGGUUCUAAUCUUGAUUUAACUCUGGAAAAAUUCUGGGAAGUUGAAAAGGUUCCAGAAGUUGUCUGUAUUAGCCCGGAGGAAGAAUAUUGCCAUAAAUAUUUUGAAGAAACAACUACACUUUCGCCUCAAGGUCGCUAUGUAGUUUCGUUGCCAUUUGGAGUUGUUUCACCUGAUUUUGGAGACACACGAACGAUGGCUUUAAAGCGUUUUUAUGCGCUCGAACGUCGUUUGCUAUAA